AUGUCUUUGGUCGGUAAGUGGUUUAGUGAAGGAGAGGAGGCCUGCUAUCAGGAGAUGGAGAAACUUCCAGACAGGGUGGAAUUGCUGAUGAGCAAGAAAGAAUUUAUGGAGAAAAAAAUUGAGCAGGAACUUCUGGUUGUCAAGAAAAACAGCAGAAUAAACAGACCAGUGGCUGUGCAGGCGCUGAGAAGAAAGAAGUGGUACGAGAAACAUCUCAAGUACAUUGACCGUGCUGUUGAGGCCCUGAGGUCCGCUCAUGAACACAUAGAUGUUGUGAACAAGUUGAGUGACCUGAUCAAGGACAUUGCAGAGGAGCAGGAAGGGACUCAAGACACGCCAGACAGCCUCCACACAUCUGUGUGCUUUGGAGUGGAAUAUGAUGAGGAUGAGCUGUUGGCAGAGCUGGAGAGGCUGGAGAAGAAUCUGGUUGAGAGUCUCUUUGAGUCGGACAAAGUGGAGGAGAGACUCUCUUGUCCCAAAUUGUCACCCACUGCAUCACCCUCCCACCCUGCCAAGACGGAGGAAGACGAGAUUGAGGAUGAGUUAGAGUAUCUGCGGCGCUGGGUGAACGAACUCUCAUAA